AUGGACCCUAAAGAUUAAGAAUUAAGAGGAUUACUUAACUUAGAGAACCUAGACAAAACUUAAUCUCAAUAAAAUGAAGCGCAUAUGAUGUAAAUAAGAGAAGAAAAGAACUAGAAAUAAUAAAUAAUAGGAAUAAUAAUCAAAUAAGCAAUUGAAAAUGUAGAUAUUUUGAAACAAGUUAUUUAAAAUUUAAAGACAAAAUUAAUAUAAUAGUUAGAUUUAAUAAUUAUACAAAGUGAUUAAUGGAUAUUGAAAUUAAAUGCAUUUUUUCAAAAAAUUAAUACUAUUAAUAUUGAUUAAUUUUCAUUAGAUUCUUUAGAUCUUUAAUUAAUGAAUAUUUAAAUUGAAUAGUGUAAUGAAUAUUACAUCCAAGAUAUAACUAGAUUUAUAUAAAAAUAUGAUCAAUAUGAAGAGACUUAAUAAUGCAUAUAAAUAUUGUAAGACUUGGGGAAAUAAGUUUAAGGAAAAUAGUAUUUUUGUUAAUAAGAAGUUGUAUAACAUAAUCAGGAAAUAUAAUAAGAUAAGGAGAUUUAAAUAAAAUUAAUUGAUGAUUCUAUUAUUUAAAAGGAAAUGUGUUAUGCUAUUGAUAUAAAUUAAGAAUUUUCACUGAUGAUUUCUGGUAAAAAUGAAGAUAUAGUAUUGUGGAAUUUCUAAAAUGGAAAAAUUAAUGAAAUUUCAACUCUUAAAGCACAUAGUGAUGAUGUACAAUGUUUAAAGUUUAGUAAAAAGUAGAAAAAUUUUAUUUCAGGAUCUAAAGAUAAUUCGCUGAUAUGUUGGAAAUGUAUUAAAUAGAAUUAGUGGAUUCACUCUUAAUAAUAUAGAAUUCAUAUUGAUUGGAUAGAAUGCUUUAUAUUAAAUUAAAAAGAAGAUUAAUUAAUUGUAGGGAGUAAAGAUAAAUCAAUUACAAUUUGGAAUGUGGAUUUUAAGAAGAAUAAAUUACAUUAUCUUUAUACUUUAAAUGAACAUACUAAUAAGGUUUGUUCAAUUAGUUUUAAUAUAUCAGAGACUCAAUUUGCAACUUGUGGAUAUGAUCAUUUUAUAAUUUGGGAGAAAAAUUAAGAAGAUAAAUGGCAAGUUAAAUAUAAAUAGGAUUAGUAAUAUUAAGGUGAAAAAAUUAAAUUUAUUAAUGAUAAUUAGUUCUUAUGGGUUACUGAAUAAAUUGAAAAAAUCUAGGUUUUCUAGAAAUAUCAAAAUAUUUUCUAAGAAGAUAUAAAUAAGGAACUACAAUUAACUAAUGAUGAUUAUAAUUGGGAUGAGAGUCUCUUUCCAAUUAUAUAAAAUAUAGAAAAAAAUGUGAUAGUAAUAAGAUAAAAAAGAUAUAUUUAUUUAUUGAGAAUAAAGAAGGAUGGUAACUUAGAAAUUAUUCAUGAAUUGAAUUGCAACUAUGCAUCAAUAUAUGGUACAAUGACAGAGAAUACAUAAUAUUUAAUCUUUUGGAAUUAUAAAUCAGAUAGAUAUCUAAUAUAUGAAAUAUUAUAUAAAUGA